CGGAAAACUUCUGCACGAGCGUCGAGCAUCGAGCAUCGAGCGUCCUUCCGAACGAGCACGAUAUGGAUAUUUAGGAGGCGGUUGAAACACAGAGAGAACCGGCGAAAGCCAUUGGGCGUCCAAGGGACCUGGGACCGCAGACGGGACGCAAUUCCACGAGCGGCGCGGCCUUGACCAACCUCGCGAGAAACACGUCCAACCACUCGCACCCGCAUCCGCAUCUACAUCGCCAUGGACUUCUGGAACCGCUCAUCGAAACAGCACCAGGAAAUUGUCGAGCCGCAGCCGAAACGCAUCUCCACGCCGGCAGGCCAGCGUCUGUCCGUCAUCCUCGAGAAUGGCGACUCCCACGCCUCGAAGGCACGUGAUUCACAUCGGGCGUCGGUACGGAAGAGCGGGUUGAGCCCAGCGCUGGCAGACGCACCGAGAGAGAGCCUGGAGGAUAACAGCAACAAUUCGAGCGGAUAUAGUUUCAGCGUGUGGUCGGAUGGCGAGAAGAAGUUCGCGGCGUUGAGGAAUCACAAGCAGAUUGCGAAGAGAGGAGGGUGGAAACGGCUGGCUAUUAUACUAGCGAUACUAGUCGCCAUUAUAAUAGCGCUGGCGGUAGGAUUGGCUGUUGGGUUGAAAAAGAAGAAGACAAGCAGCUCAACCACCGAUGACCCCCAACAAGCCUCCGACCCGACCGCUUCCCUAUCCCCUACGUCUCCCUCCUCCCCGACAUCCACAUCCACUAUCAGCGUACCCCCCGACUUCCCGCUAGGUUCCUACUCUCUUGUAACGUUCCUCGACACCGUCCAAACAAACUGCACAGCAAACCCGGCAACCUGGACAUGCUAUCCCUACUCGACGUACUACUCCGACCGCUCAAAAGCCGUCGCGACUUUCAACUGGAUAAUAUCUGGGUCUGCGGGCGCUUACACCAUCUCCUCGACGGAGAAUCCUUUCUCGAUAUCAUUCAAGAACGCCGACUUCGAGUUGCUGGAUGAGGGCAAGGAUACGGAGAGAUACAGAUUUCAAAUCAGCUCGACCAAGACAGUGACCCCGAGCACGAAUCUAACCGACGAUAACGCGAGUACGGAGUGCAAUUUCGACAACACGGAUCUGCAGGCGUAUCUGUACACGAAGAUGGCAAAAUCCUACCCGGAUACAGAGCAUGGCGAUCCGACGGGUGACCCUAGCUCCACCGUGUGGCCCUUUGCUGUACGCGUCGAACAACUCGUCGGCGGCGGCCAAAGCGUGCCCAGCUGCUACAAGAUGUCCGACGGGCAACAAGGCGACCAGAUCACCCUCGACGCGCAAGACGCCGGAUCGCUAUGCUCCUGCCUGUACAAAAACUGGCUUACACCUACCUGAAUGGGCCCGGUCCCAGCACUUUUCUCAUCCGCUCGUCUGUCCUUGCUCUAUAUAUCCCACGUGCCUAUUGUACUGUACAAUGUCUGUAAGCUAGCAUGGUGUCUUGGUGUCACUUGUCAAUUUCGUAGAAUCCAGUGUUCAUUUUCGCAUUGGAGACGGCCGAGGAUUAAUGAUAUUUGUCCAUCUUGCCAUCGUCUGAACUUCUCAGUUUUCAAGUCAUCGUCGCCCUCGGUCUAUUAACUAACUACAAAUUAAUACUUCCCCAUACCCUGAUCUAAAUAAGUGCGGAUAGACACUAGGA